CUUGUUUUACGGUUGUGAUAGACUUUCUCAUUUUAUUUAAUUAAAUCGAAUUAAUUCUACAAUACACCGACCAAAUUUUAAUAAUGUCUGAUACAUGUAACUUUACACCAAGAGAACUAACAACACCCAAUAAGGAUUUUCCAGGAGUGUCCAAAACAGUGUUUACUCAUGUGUCCAGUUUGCAUGGACUAUUGAAUGAUUGGGGAAGAAUUAAGGAUAAAGGAGUUAAAUUAUGCAGAGCUAUCUACAGUUUAAAAUUAUAUGAAUGUGACGAUGAAUAUUAUCCACAUCAGCUGCAACCGCUUAUGGAAAGUCUUGUUGAAGCUUUAGAUGGUUUAAAAAAUGUUGUCAAUGGAGUAAAAAUCAUAGAUAGUCAACUAAAGGCCCUAGCCGAACUGCAAACAACUAAUGAUCCUGUUAUACAUACUUGGACAGCCAAAGAAAUUUCUGAAACAGUAGAUAAAAUAUCAGCAUCUCUUCAAAAAGAAUUUGAACUAAAGCAAGUCAUAACUGAAAACCUUGCUCACUGCAGAGAUGAGAAAAUAAUAGAUGUAUAUAUCAGUUCAUGGGAAUUGGAACCUUAUUUUGAACCAAAUGCUUACAUAUUUGCUGAGGUGGGUCUUUCUGGUGUUACAUGAAAAAGGAAAGUUUUCUUUU